CUAAUGACCCCAGGCGUUCUGUGUUGCGCGUUAAGGCACACUUAAGCCCAACAGAACCGAUAAAAACUUGAACUGGAUUGAAAUUCAGCUUGUUUCACGCGUGGUGAACGUUACUACGGCGGAGACAGGCGCACUUCGGCCCUCGCCCCUCGGACGAGGCACAGGACGCGAAAAUGGACUCUAUGUCCUCCAGGAUAACACCGUUUUGUAAUUAACCGCGAGUUGUGUGUCAGCGCAAAGGAAGCCUAGCUGGGUAGAAUAACAAGGAGAGAUAAAAUGUAAAUAAUAAAAUCAUUAUAAUGUAACUAUGAAAAAAGUUUUACUCUUCAAGACAAGGAAAAAUGACUGCGACGUUUUGCAAAUUGUUUCGUUACUGCUGGUUCUACCCUCCGUUUUGCGAGCUCAGAAUACCGUGGGUUGUCCCGACUUAAUAAAAACUAACAAAUGCUCUUGUUAUACAUUUGAAGACGGCUUGUUUCUUGAUUGUCAGGAUACUGCCUCCAAAGACAUAAAAAAUGCUCUUAAAAGUGUGUCUAACAUACACUCACUUUCCAUUUACGAUCUCGACGACAACGAAGAAGCUCUGGGACCCCAUUUUAUACCUCAAGGCGUUUGUAUAAAGCAUAUUUAUAUGUCAAGAACAAGCAUAAAAGACAUCGGCGAUGAUACGUUUAUGCCGCUGAGAAAGUGCCUUGAAACAUUAAGCGUGGUAUCGAGCAAAAUUAAAAUUAUUCCCACGAAAGCGCUAUCCGGAAUGCUGAAAUUGAUAUCGAUCGAACUCAUGUCUAAUUAUAUUGAAGACAUACCGAGCUACAGCUUUUAUGGUCUUCCGCUUAUGAAACUAAAUAUAAAGGGGAAUGUCAUACGCGAAAUAUCCGAAUCCGCUUUUUCAAGCUUAGAAAUGACUCUUUUGGAAAUCGACUUGAAUGAGAACAACCUCACAACGUUCCCUAUUGAAGCUUUUGCAAAAUUGAGGCACCUUCGAUCUUUACGACUGGCCUGGAAUGAAAUGUCCUCUUUCCCUGUAGUCGAAAAUUCUGAUUUAAUAUCCUUAGAGAAUCUAGAUUUAAGUUCCAAUAAUUUCGAAUUCAUUUCAGAAGACUGCCUUAAAUUUUGUCCGUCCCUAAAAACAUUGUCAUUUCAUUUUAAUUUCAUCAACAGCAUUCAUUAUAGGGCAUUUUAUUCUUUAGUUAAUUUAAAGUCUCUUGAUUUAAGUCAUAAUAGGAUAAAAAUAUUAAACCCCAAUUUAUUUCAGAAUAACAAAUAUCUAGAAGACAUCGACCUAAGUCACAAUCAUUUGCACCACAUCCAUGGUUUGUUUUGUAACUUGCCAUCACUCACAGAAGUAAUCUUAAGUCAUAAUAAUAUUUUGGAUGUGCCAAUAGACUCGUUUCUUAAUUCGAAGAAGAUUAACGCGAUACAUUUAGAUAAGAAUUGUAUAAGCAACAUUCAUAGUGAGAGCUUUAGUAACUUAGAGAACCUUAAUAAGCUUAGUCUAGAAUUUAAUUAUUUAAAUCAAGUGCCACAUAAUAUUUUUAUAAAUAAUAAAAAUAUAUUGAAACUAAGGUUAGACAAUAACAAUUUUUCAGAAUUUAAUAAUGACACAUUAGGACCCCUAGUUAACAUAAAAGAGAUAAGAUUUAAUAACAACAAGAUUAAAGUUAUAACAAAGAAUUAUUUUAUAAAUUCUAUUAAACUAGUAGAGAUUUACUUGGACCACAACGAGAUUACUUUUAUAGAACCAGGGACUUUUUUAGAAAUGACUGAUUUAAAGUUUCUCAGCCUACAUUAUAAUUAUAUCAUAGUUCUAAACGAUGUUUUGCCAAAAUUCGGUUCUAAUUUAGUUACGCUACAUUUGGAAUCUAAUUCAUUAUCUCUAAUUGGUAACUUUAUGCUACAGUCGCAGGAAAGAUUAGAUUUCUUAAGUUUAAAAAGUAAUCGCUUAAAGUUCUUGACAAAGAACACAUUUCGGAAUUUGAGUCACGUAACGAGAGUUGAAUUAAAUAAUAAUGACAUCUCUGUCAUAGAGGAUUUCUCAUUACAGCAUCUAAGCUCUGCACGAUAUCUAGACUUACAACACAAUUUACUGAGUAACAUUACCAAUUAUACGUUCUUUGGUUUAAGCGAAAUAGAAGACUUGGAUGUCUCGCACAACUCUAUCAUGUUUAUUUUCGAUAUGGCGUUUGACACCCUGAAGAAACUUCGUAGUUUGAACCUUUCAUUCAACCCGCUCAAAACUCUCCAUAAGCAUAUUUUCCAACAAGGCUUGCCACUAAGUUCUUUGUACCUAGACAACUGUGAAAUACAAUUUAUAGAAAACGGUACAUUCUUUGGCUUGAAUAAUUUAAAAUUGCUUUCUCUCAAAAAUAACUCAUUAAAAGCUAGAGACUUAUUAUCCGUUAAUAUUCCCGGAUUGAAAUAUUUAACUUUGUCUUUCAAUGUUCUUGACUAUCUCCCUGUAGAGACAUUUACUCAACUUCCACUUUUAGAAGUUCUUUAUAUGGAACACUGUAAUAUUGAGCACAUAUUUGAGGGCACAUUCAGACAUAAUAGAAAUUUAUUGAGACUGAAUUUAGCACAGAACAUUAUUAGUACCGUUCCUCCUAUACUGUUCGACUUGCAUAACUCGGUUUCAGAGUUUAAUAUAAGUAACAACUUCUUAGAUUUUGUGCCAUAUAAUACUUUCCAAAAUUUCACACACGUUGAAAGUCUAGAUCUAGCAGAUAAUCUUAUACCUAAAAUAGAGCUUUGUGGCUUUGAAAAGUUAACAAAAUUAAAAUAUUUAAUCCUACGCAAAAAUGAAAUUAGAACCAUAACGGCUAGCAAGAAAAUAGAAUAUCCUUAUUUGGUACUUUUUGAUAUUAGCUAUAAUAAAUUAGAUAACCUGCCACUUUUCGUUUUUGAUAUAUUUCCAAACAUCCAAAAUAUUAAUAUUUCAUACAAUGAUAUCGUACAAUUUGAUUUUUUGCUAACUCACAAAAAGUUUUGGCUUUCUCUCAUCAACAUUGACUUGAGUAAGAAUCCCGAAGUUUCGUGGUCGCCAUCCAACAGAGUAAAUAACAAUACACUUAUAGCAAAUCUGUACGAAUUACAUAUAUGUGCCACUAACAUGACAAACAUAGAUGAUGUCAUGUUUGAAUCAUUUACUAGUCUACAGCAUCUUUAUCUCAAAUUCAAUAAAAUACGGCGUCUAUCUGUUAGUCCAUUUUCAAAAUUAUCUUUUUUAGAAAGUUUAGACCUAAGCUUUAAUAGGAUUUCCCAACUCAAAACCAGCAAUUUCCGCGGUCUAACUAAGUUGAGAACGCUGUGUUUAUCAAAUAAUAACAUCGAAUCAAUAGAAUCCUUCGCCGAAGAGUUGAGUAAUUUGAAACUUUUGGACCUUUCUCACAACAAGUUGCAAAACAUUCUUAAUGAAGAUCUUAUAAACUUGAAAGAGCUGACGGUAUUGCACUUGAGCUACAACAAUAUCAAAUAUAUUUCUGUAACGGCGUUCAAGAAUUUAAACAAAAUAAUACAGAUUGAUCUAGAGCACAAUAAACUUCAGACUAUACCCAUAGAACUAUUGACUUCGGUGGAAAAUUAUAUUCAAGAUAUUUCUAUCAAAGAUAAUGUGAUUCUGUGCAGCUGCCAAAAAGACAAUGCUUGGGUAUGGAUUCAAGACCAUCCCAAAGUUAUAAAAUCCAGUUCAGUCACUUGUUUCAACGAUGAAUAUCCAAGAGAGAAAUGCGAUGUCCCAGUUAUAUCACAGCUAUCAGUUGACAAACAUAAAGACAACUCGGUAUCAGUAUCGUGGUUUAUACGAAACCGCACUGCUAUUAAAGCUUUGCAGAUUUUGUACUACGGUGAAGAUGGAAACACAAACGUAAAGUCUAAGUAUUUAGAAAAGAGUGAAGUAUCAGUUCAUAUUAAAGACUUGGAGAUAAAUGAAAAUUACGUAGUGUGUGUCAUUACUUUAUCCGAGGAACCAGUGGACUACGAAGAAGAGAUGAUCGUGGCUGAAGUUAACAAAACGAUUGAUGACAACGCUAACUCUACCGCUAGGAUCACACAAGACGUGGCAGCAGCUAUACUCAUGCGAUCUCCUUCCAGUGAAUGCGUUUCGUUUAAUACAUUUAGGAAGCCAGCAACAGUAAAAUCCAAACCGAAUAAAAAAUUCCAAAUAUCGUCAAUUUUAAAUCGCCGAAUGGGCUUAAUAGUCGGCUGCUCGUUAGGGUUCGUUGUGUUUUUUAUUAUGGUUUCCGUUUUGUUGUACACAAAAAUAAAAGAAAGAAAAAGAAUUGCGAAAUCUGACCCAGCUUGGUCGGAAAUGAACGACUAUCAUUCAAUGGCGAGUAAAGAUGAUAUUUUACAAAGUUCCACCACAGCUUCAACUGACAACAUUCUGUUGGGUAUGGCAAAAAGUCGUAAACUUUCAUUAGAUCAUUUGAAGUAAUCAUAGAUUUUAGAUCUAGGUAGGACGUAUACCUUUGAAGUGAACAAUAAAAUUCUAAAUUCGAUAUAAUUAGUCAAAUAUUUAUAUUGUUAAUAGAUGCUUAGUUUUACGACUGUUCGCUUAUGAUAGCUAGAUACUUAGACGUAGAAUGUAGUGCCUACAUAGUAGGAAAAUUGUAUCUUAAACAUAUUGGGUAGGUAGAUUAGUCAUAGUCUCUCAACUAUGAAAUAAAAACUGUUGGCAUGGUUAUCAGUUA